GACGCCUGUACUUCACGGUGGCUGCGGCGCGCGUGGAGAGGCCUGGCCCCGCGUGGGGCCGAGCCGGCGCGAGGCUGCCGCCGGUGAGCCUGAAGCACAGGCCACGCACGCAGGGCCCAAUCUUUUGGGCCGUGAGCGGCCGCGGCGUUGGCGGCGAGACCUCCCAGAUGCCGGUUGGGGCUCUUAGGAGCGGAGCGCAGGCUGGGCCCGGGCCGCGGGCGGGAUAAGAGUCCGACGGGCCUGCUCGCCCCGCGCGUGGAUGCGGCGGCGGCGGCGAUGGACGCCGUAGAGGAAGAGAGCUUCGCCCUGUCCUUCUCUUCCGCCUCCGAUGCAGAAUUUGAUGCUGUGGUUGGAUAUUUAGAGGACAUUAUCAUGGAUGACGAGUUCCAGUUAUUACAGAGGAAUUUCAUGGACAAGUACUACCAGGAGUUUGAAGACACAGAAGAGAAUAAACUCACCUACACACCUAUUUUUAAUGAAUAUAUUUCUUUGGUAGAAAAGUAUAUUGAAGAACAGCUCCUGGAACGGAUUCCUGGAUUUAACAUGGCAGCUUUCACGACAACUUUGCAGCAUCAUAAAGAUGAAGUGGCUGGUGACAUAUUUGACAUGCUGCUCACGUUCACAGAUUUUCUGGCUUUUAAGGAAAUGUUUCUGGACUACAGAGCAGAAAAAGAAGGCCGGGGACUGGAUUUAAGCAGUGGUUUAGUGGUGACUUCAUUGUGUAAAUCAUCCCCUGUGCCAGCUUCCCAGAAUGAUCUGCGACACUAGGCCCUGCCACCAGGCAGAGAUAUCUUCCUGGACGUCGCCAGCCCCAUAGACUGGAAGAGGCUUUGGCUAUGUGACAGAAAACAUCUUGGAAAGACGGGCUCUGUUCCACAACUCGUUGCUGACGUUAAGUAUUGAUGGGUCAGAAGACAGUCCAUCUGACCCUCCUAGGCCCCUGAAGCACCUUGUGUUCAGUAAUCCUAGCACUCCUCCCCAAGUAGACCCCUCUCUCAGGCCUGAGUCAGGCUCCUCUGGAGCAAGCCUGAGGCCAGCAUCCCCCCGGGGACCCCAUCCCCAGCAUAAACGUUGGUAGGUCAGCAUCAUUUGGAAGAACCCACCAGCUCCACCCCUCUUUGGCCCCGCCUGUCCAUCAGGCUUUUUGUGUGCUAACAGCUUCCUGUAUGCAUCAGUUUCAGUCCUGCAGCCUCAGAGGGGUUUCUACCCAUGUGGGAACAUUUCUCUAGGCUGUUCCUUGAGACAGCUGCCCUCUGCAGCAGCUCCCAUCCCAGCUGGUCCUGGCUGUAGGAAUAACCGAGAGAUGCCCCUUACCUGAAGCUACCUGUGAAAAUCACUUCCUUGUCUUACAGUCGGCAGUCCCUGCAUCACUCUGUCUUCUGCUGGUCCUGAUGUAGUCUGUUUCUAGAAUUCUUUUAAGCAUUUAUAGAUAACUAUUUUUAUAGAUGAAUACUCAGGCUAACCUAGUGGCUAUAAUCUUGGAGCUUCCAUGAUUACCCACUUAAAGAUCAAAGUAUUAUAUACUGUGUGCUUUUUAGCUAUUAGUGCUAUGAAAGCAAAGAUGCUUUCUAUGUUGGUGUACCUAGUUUACUGGGCACCAGUGAGUGUGUGCUUAUGCUGGAAGUAGGCUAAAAGGUCUCCCUUUCUUACAGCAUGUUAAGUGUUCGUACAGGUUUGCUAAAACUUUACCCUUCUGUGUAAAUCAGUUUGUUAGGUUUUCUGUUGGAGUAGGGCCUCUGCAGUUCCUUCCUGUCCAGAUCUCCCUACCAAGGCGGUGUUCCGCUGGGUUGGCUCAGCAUGAGUAGGAGAGCGCAAACAGCUUCACUAGUCAUAUGUAUGCCUUGAUUUAGCAGUGUUUCAUAGAAAUCACCAGAAAACAUGGAUGUCACAUCUCUAGAAAGACAAGACAUAGUAUUUCAAUUCUCAAUGUGUACCUUCCAUAUAUUUUUUUUUUCUUUUUUUUAAGUAAAAAGACUAUACUUAUAAACUUCGGUUGGCUGUUCUGGUCUUAAAGUGUGAGCUGUAGACUCUUUCUGUACUGAUGCGUGGCACUUAUUAAAUACUUUUGUACCAUGAAUAUA